AGGUCAAUGGGCCAUGGGACUCCUGAUAACAUGAACUGGGCUGGACUACUAAAGAAUCUGCUGGUUGUGGCCCAUCUCCAGCAGAUCAUAUGUGAUUCUGUCCAGUUUUCAAUCCCAGAGGAACAGGAGCCUGAUAUUCUGGCCGGGACACUUAGUAAACACUUUCAUCCUCCGUACCAGCUCCUGACCGAGGAUUUCUGGAUGGACAAAAACACAGGGAAUUUUUAUACCAAGCGAAAGAUGGACCGCGAGGCCCUCUGCCCCGUGAAGACAAAAGCUGAGGAAUGCAUUAUUCUGUACACUGCUCUCGUGGGGCCUUCAGGAGAUUUUAUACAGAUUCCUGUAAUCAUAGAGGACAUCAAUGACAAUGCACCUCGUUUUGAAAACACUGAAAUACACCUGAAUGUGUCCGAGGACGUGGCUGUCGGGACCAGCUUCUUGUUGGAUGACCUGGCUAAGGACAGUGAUGCCGGACGUAAUGGCGAGCUGUAUUACCGCUUAGAAGAUUCUUAUGGUGUUUUCAGUUUAAAAGUCGAGGAAGACGGGGCUGUCCUCAUGCUGGUUGUGCAAACAGCUCUGGAUAGGGAGACUCUGGACCUGUAUCAGAUGGCGCUGGUGGCCACUGACUGUGGCUCAGACCCUUUAAGUGCUACAGCAACUCUAACAGUCACAGUGACAGAUGUUAAUGACAACUGUCCAAGCUUUAGCGCCGACAGCCCCCGCAGUGUCACCAUCCCCGGAAACUCCCAGAAGAACAUGCUGGUUGCUCAGGUCAGAGCCACAGACCCAGAUUCAGGCCCGAAUGCUGCCAUAGUUUACUCCCUCAGUCCCAAAGUCUCUGAGCGGGCCAAGAAGCUCUUUAGCCUCGACAGCCUCACUGGGUACAUCAGACUAACACAAGACCUCCAGAGUGACAACUCCGAGGAGCUGUUGUUGAAAGUGUUAGCUAAUGGCCAUCACUGCCCCCCAGCAGACACUCAGGUAACCGUAUCCGUGCUCCCCAAGGCAAACCAAGAGCUGACGGUCAAGAUCGGGUUCAUAGCGGAGCAUCAAAACCAGACUCUGGUGUUACCAGAGAACCAGCCCCCCACCGUCUUAGCUGUUUUAGAGUUUGAGGGUGACAGCAGCUUUAAAGGCUCAUCUCUUUCCAUUGACAGUGAAGUGCCUUUCACUUUGAGCCCACAGAAUGGCAAAUAUCUCCUUUCCACAUCAAAGCCCCUUGACUAUGAGAUGAAAAGGGAACAUCAUAUUUCUGUGGUAGCGAAUGGGAGAUCAGCUGAAGCUCAUUCCAGGCUUGUGAUCAGGGUGAUGGUGGCAGAUGUCAAUGAUAAUGCUCCACAUUUCCUCCAGUCCCACUAUCAGCUGGAGGUGGAGGAAAACAACCAGCCAGGAAAGUCACUGCUGCGAGUCUCAGCCUCAGACGCAGACAGCGGAUACAACGGGAGGGUGACCUACCGGCUGGACAAACACACAUCUACCAUCUUUAACAUUGACCCUGUCACAGGUCAAUUGUCGGUAUCAGCCUCUCUGGAUAGGGAACAGCAGGAUGUAUACAAGCUCACCGUGUUUGCACGAGAUAGCGGUUCUCCUCCCUUGGAGUCAGUGACCACAGUAUCCAUUUGUGUUCUAGACCAGAAUGACAAUGCCCCUAUUUUUUUAACCCCUCACUUCAUCUUUUUCAUCCUGGAGAAUGUACCACUGUCCUCCCAGGUGGGGAGGGUAGGAGUGACAGACCCAGACGAAGGGGAAAAUGGGAACACAGAGUUGCAUGUUGUAAACAGCAGUGGACCUUUUGUUGUGGAUAACACCCAGGGGAUACUACGCACCACCACCAACUUGGACCGUGAGACAGAGGACCGCUAUGAACUCUACCUGCUGGCCAUCGAUCAUGGGCACCCGGUCGCUUUGACUUCCACUGCCAGGGUAACUAUCUUUGUGGGGGACAUCAAUGACAACCAGCCAAAAGUGAUCCUUCCCAGCAGCAACUCCUCAUGCCAGACUGUCUCUCCUGCAACCUCAACAGGCACCAUGGUGACAAAGAUCUAUGCAAUCGACGAGGACUCAGGCCUGAAUUCGGAUAUUACAUACACUGUUGUGGCAUCAGAGCCAGAGCAAAACAGCAGCCCCUUCCAGGUGGAUUCAAGUUCAGGGAUCAUCACUGUAGCUCAGCAACUUCUACAGCAGGAUUUGGGAAUGCAUCACCUGUUCAUUGUGGUCAGAGAUGGGGGGAAACCAACUCCACUUUAUACCACUGUCUGGGUUAAUCUGUUGGUCAAUGACAGCAUGGAGCCCUGCCACUUGGACAGGACGCCCACCUGGAUGGGGACACCUGUCAUGUUUCCAACAACCUCAAAGUCCAUCAUCUGUAAGGAGGAGGACAACAGAUCUGCUCAGCUGAUUCUGUUAGUAGGCCUGGGUAUGAUGCUGGCAUCCAUAGGUUUGUUCGUUGUGACAGCUGUUUUAUACCUGAAACAGAAGAGAAGAAGUCUACAACAUAACAAGAGGAGACACACUGAGGAGAACGAGAUUCCACUCAGGCUCAAACGCAAAUAUUACUCUGAUGACUAAGAGAUUAAAGCAAGCAAUAUGUGUAAUCACUCAUAGUGUGUCAAAGAUGAAAUCAGCCUCUGAAUUUAAUACUUUCUGAAUAUUUGUCAAAAGCUUCUUGUAUUUUAACAAUCAAAUUAGUUGAAUUAUUCUGAUACACAGUGUGUUCAAAUAUUUGUCAACAGCAAAAUUCUCAACAUUCUGUGGAAAAAAAGGUGAUCCAUUUUCUGAUAAUAUUUCUUGUGAGCUACCAGAAAAGCAUGUGAAGGUUGUACUGAAAAGUUAAGUAUUUGAAGUUACCAGCAGAGGCUUGUUCCCUGUGCAUUCUGUAGCACAAUAUAUCAUUUCACAUAGGCAAUGUAUACAGUGUUAACCACCAUCAGAUAGAGCACAUCAAAGCAAGGCAUUCCUAAAAUACCAGUGUUCCAGUCAUUAUCUUUAGAGAUUAUCCUCCAUGACCCCUGCAGCGAGACGAAGACUGAGGUAAUGGUCCACUAAGUUGAUUGGGCCUUUCUCAGAUUUCCGACUGAGUGAUGGGGAGUCUGAACUAUUUAGACACACAAAAGGGUUUAAUGUUCCUGCGGUGGAGAGGCGAUGAAAGUGUCUCAAGAAGCAGCUCUGAGACGACCACGGGAGGCGGAGCGUGGUUGUGGACAGGUGAGAGGCGGCCGAGGGAAGGCACACCACCAUCUCAAGUCACCGCCACCUGUUACCCGAUAGCGCUGCUUAUUAGACACAGUGCUGCAUGAAUGGCAUCCAAACGGCGGAAAACCUACUGUACUGCACCCAGUAACUCAACAGGUUUGUUGUUUUGAUGACAGAUGUUUUCAGUGAAAUCACACUGUGUUCAAAGAAAUCUUUGCAAAAGGCAGUUGCUCUCAUGUGAUACUGAUACAUUUAUAUGCUGGGGAACAAUUAACAUAUCAAACCAGGUUAAGUGAUGC